UCUUCAAGAAAGAUCUUUAUAACCAAACAAAGUCACUUCGUCUUCCAUCACUGAAACCCAAAAGAAUUAAAAAAAUAUUAUAAGGAAAAAGUAUGUCUCUUCUUCUUCUUCGUCCCCAUCUCAUCCUCUAUCUUCUCAUCUUGACGGUGGUUAACGGUGAAAUCCUCCGACCAAGAUUCUACAGUGAGACAUGCCCUGAAGCUGAAUCCAUAGUAAGAAGAGAAAUGAAGAAAGCUAUGAUUAAAGAAGCAAGAAGCGUUGCUUCAGUCAUGCGUCUACAAUUUCACGACUGCUUCGUCAAUGGAUGUGACGCUUCUGUGUUGCUUGAUGACACACCAGACAUGCUUGGUGAGAAACUAUCACUUUCCAACAUCAAUUCACUGAGAUCUUUCGAAGUCGUUGAUGACAUCAAAGAAGCUUUAGAGGAAGCUUGUCCAGCUACUAUAUCUUGUGCUGAUAUUGUUAUCAUGGCCUCUCGUGAUGCCGUUGCUCUAACAGGAGGACCUGACUGGGAGGUGAAGCUAGGGAGGAAAGACAGUUUAACAGCUAGUCAGAAAGAUUCAGAUGAUAUCAUGCCGAGUCCGAGAGCCAAUGCAACUUUCUUGAUUGAUCUUUUCGAAAGAUUCAAUCUCUCUGUAAGAGACAUGGUGGCUUUAUCAGGGUCUCACUCAAUUGGUAAAGGUCGAUGUUUCUCCAUCAUGUUUAGGCUUUAUAACCAAUCCGGGUCUGGUAAACCUGAUCCAGCUCUCGAACCAAGAUACCGGAAGAAGCUUAACAAGCUCUGUCCUUUGGGUGGAGAUGAGAAUGUGACCGGAGAUUUGGAUGCAACGCCUCACGUUUUUGACAAUCAGUACUUCAAAGAUUUGGUUUCAGGGAGAGGGUUUCUGAACUCUGACCAGACUUUGUAUACGAGUAGAGAGACGAGAGGGUAUGUGAAGAUGUUUAGUGAAGACCAAGCUGAGUUCUUCAGAGCUUUUGAACAAGGGAUGGUGAAGAUGGGUGAUUUGCAAUCUGGAAGACCUGGAGAGAUUAGGUUAAAUUGUAGGGUUGUUAAUAGAAGGCCUAGUGAUCUGCGGUUUGACUCUUGAAUUUAGAGAGAUGUUAUGAUUUCUAAAUAGAUGCAAAAACUUUUAAUACUUACAUGCAA